GGCGCCAUGCAAAUAAUUGUUUGUGGCCCCGCCUUCAUUUAAAAUGGCGACACAGGAUAAAAGAGAGUUUGACAAGUAUCUUAAAUUUCUUACUCAAAAGGCCGUACAAAUCAUUGUCCAAUCCCGCGAAGGCUACAAAUUGAAAACAAAGUCGAAUUCUGGGAGCACAGAAUGGUUCAAUUUAGCUCUCCCCGAAAAACGUGAAGUCGUCAGCGAACUGAAACGAAAAUUAGAGACGCCGCUUCCAUCCAACCACGCCCCUAUUAACAUUGAGAUCACCAUGGAAACAGCCGAGGGCGACAAUUUCUUAGUGGAGGUGUGGCAUUUGUCUCUUGAUACAUCAAAGAGAGAUAUUACUGUUUCUGUCACGCACUCUCUUUACUCAAGGUUCUCCCUUCUUUUGAGGUCCCUUCUGGCCAUGACCAGGGUUGUCCCUGCCUAUCAGCUCUGCAGGAAGAAUGAGAACUUAAAGUUUUCGUAUGUUAUAUCUUCUGGAAGUCAAGAGAAUGAGUUUGAAGCCUCAAGAGAUGUCCAGCGAUCAGUUAUAAGUGAAGUUUUAUCCCCCUAUGGUCUGGUGGGUGUCUCCAUUGAGUACAUUACUACUUUUACUAAACCUGAAAGGCCCUCUUCAAUAGGGUAUGAUACAGUUGAUGCUGCUAUGGCUAAUUCCAUGGAAGAUGAUAGGCUUCAUCCCUUUUAUUCUCAUUUCUCUGAAGAACCACAACAAGAUUUUACUCAUCAGCCUUUCUCAAAGGUUCUUCCUAAACAAAUGCCUGACAUGGCAUAUACUCCUUCCACUGAAGCAUCUCUAUCCCUUACUCACCAUCAUCAUCAUCAUCACCACCAUGAGAGUGAAAGAGGAGGAGGUAUAGAAGGAGACAUCUACAGACAGUCUUCAGAUGAAAACUCCAUUACUAUAAACAGUACCAAUCAGGAUAGCUUUAUUAUGCUAGACCUUGAAAAAAUGAAGCCAGCAUUUGCUCCCGAUCAACAUGGGCCUGGGGAUCUUUUUCACCUCAGUAGUGAUCCACCGUUUUUGGACAUGUUUUCAGAUGGGACUGAUAUCAAUUCUGCCUGCAGUUAUUUGGAUGAGCACUUGUCUGCAGUCAGUUCCAGUCACAGCACUGCUUCUCCUUAAAUGUAUCAUUGUGUGUACUAUUAUGUGUAUGUGUACUAUCAGAUUAAGCAAGACUGAAAUCAUAAUCUAUGUAUAUUACCUCAAGACAAUUUCUGGUCCAGACUGUUUUAUAAUUAUUUAUGUGCUGUGAUUUUAAUCCAUUCAAGAACUACUGACAUGAAAUUUUAGUAUAACUUGGAAGUUUGCACACUGA